AUGGCCGCAGAUCGUCUAAGCUCAAUUCUGAGCCACCUCAAGCCGGGCUCCGGUGGCGGCGUUAACGCCAUCACACAAAAGAAUCCAGACGAUGUGGUGAUAACACUAUCACUGCGGACGCCGUUGACCAAGGCGCGCAAGGGCGGGUUCAAGGACACGGAGCUGGAUUAUAUGGUCUAUGCACUACUGAAGGAGACGCUGGCUAAGUCGAACAUUGACCCUGCGCUGAUCGAGGACGUCUGUUUGGGAAAUGUCGGCGAAGGCAAAGCCGCAUACAUGGUGCGCGCAGCCGCACUGGCAGCAGGCAUCCCACACACAUCGGGCGCCUCGUCAGUGAACCGGUUCUGCUCGUCCGGGCUGAAGGCGGUGCAGGACAUUGCGAACCAGAUCUCGCUGGGUGCGAUUGACGUCGGUGUGGCGCUGGGUGCAGAGCUGAUGUCGGCCGCCGGCGACCGGCUGGAACGCCCGUUCAACGAGGAGGUGCUGCGCAACCAGGAAUCCGCCGACUGCAUGCAGCCCAUGGGCCAGACGUCCGAGAAUGUCGGAAAGGAUUUUGGCAUCCCGCGCGAGCAGCAGGACCGCUAUGCCGCCGAGUCAUUCCGCCGCGCUGAGGCUGCUCAGAAGGCUGGCUGGUUCGAUGAUGAGAUUGCCCCCAUCUCGGUUAAGGUCAAAGACCCCAAGUCUGGUGAGGUUAAACAGGUGACUCUGUCUCUCGACGAUGGUAUCCGCUACGGGACUACAUUUGAGUCGCUUUCGAAAAUUCGCCCUGCGUUCCCGCAGUUCGGUGACCGUUCGACUGGCGGCAACUCAAGCCAGGUGACUGAUGGCGCCGCCGCCGUCCUCCUGAUGCGCCGCUCCAAAGCCAUCGAGCUCAACCAGCCCAUCCUAGCCAAAUUCUGUGGCGCCACCGUCGCCGGUGUUCCGCCGCGCGUGAUGGGCAUCGGCCCAACCGCCGCCAUCCCCAAGCUGCUGAGCAAGUUCCAGCUGGACAAGAACGACAUCGACAUCUACGAGAUUAACGAGGCGUUCGCGUCCAUGGCGGUGUACUGCGUCAACACGCUGGGUCUCGACCACGCCAAGGUCAACCCGCGCGGCGGCGCCAUCGCGCUCGGCCACCCGCUGGGUGCGACAGGUGCGCGCCAGAUCGCUACGAUCUUGAGCGAGGCGCGCCGGACAAAGAAGAAGAUUUUGGUUACUAGUAUGUGUAUUGGUACGGGUCAGGGGAUGGCUGGGUUAUUUGUCAAUGAGCAGGUGUAA